UAUCUGGGAGACAAAAUGGCUGGCUCAGUGGCUGGCAGUGUGCGGUGAGGGGAGACAUGACCUUUGUCUCCAAUUUGUGAAAUAUUGACACUAUAUUUAACAUAAAAUGUCGAACCCUACUUUUAGAACACGCAUAUCACAAUUAAGAAAACGGAAAAUUACUAAAAAGAAAAUAGUGAGGAGAGGAAACCCAUUAAAUCAACGAAAUAAUGACGAUGAUUGUGAAGUCCCUAUAGUUCCUGGAUCAGCACUGGCCCUUUUGGGGCUGGUAGCUGGAGGAGCGGCUGCAGCUGGUGAAGCAGGCCCCUCCUCUGCCCUCGUUGGCACCUCCACACAUCACCAUCACCCGCCAUAUCACCUACGUCGCAAGUCCCCAACACAUCCGGUCAGUCCACCAUCCUCCAUAGGGGCAGCGGCAGCAACAGCGUCAGUAACAGCCUCACCCACAACGGCAUCACCAGCAGGAGUUUCAGCAGCAACGGCUGGGCUUCCAUCUGCUGCCACAAAUUCUGCACCUUUACUCUCACCCACUGCUGCUAUUGCUGCUGCAACCACAUACUGCCCUUCCAUGUUACCUGCCCGCAAGCGCCCUCGGAGAACGUAUUUUACUGGGGAUUCUUCCACAGGGCUUGGGUGCAACCCAUUUACCGCAGCACAUUACCUCCUGUAUGAACUUCCUGACGAGGUGCUACUCACUAUUUUUUCUUACCUGUAUGAAAGAGAUCUCUGUCAUGUAGCACAAGUCUGUAAACGCUUCUACACAAUAGCCAAUGACAAUGAACUUUGGAAAAAUCUUUUCCAAGGUCUGUAUGAAUAUGACCUGCCAUUAUUCAACCCUGCACCCUGCAAAUUUGACUUUGUGCAACCUGAGGACUGUGAUUAUGACAACCCUUGGAAAGAAAGUUUCAAGCAGUUAUAUCAUGGAGUACAUGUUAGAGAAGGACAUCAAAAAUAUGCAGCAAAGGAAACUGGUCGAUCUGUUGCAUACUUUGAAACCAUCCAGGCUGCCUUUGAAUACUGUGAUGAUGCAGAGAGACCUCUUGUGUUAAUUCAUUCUGGUGUUUACCGGGGACAACUUAUUGUUAUAGAGACCAAUAUUGCUCUUAUUGGAGCUGCACCUGGUAAUGUGGCAGAAAAUGUAAUUUUAGAACGAGAAUGUGAAUCGACUGUAAUGUUCAUGGAGGGGGCACAACAGGCAUAUUUAGGUUAUGUCACAAUAAAAUUUUCUCCUCCUAGUUGUACGGAAACUAUGCAGCACCAUAAACACUAUGCAUUGGAAAUUCAAGAGAACUGUGCACCCACCAUAGAACACUGCAUUAUUCGCAGCAUAUCUCAUUUGGGAGCAGCAGUGAGUGUGAGUGGUCCGGGCGCUGAACCAGUUAUUCGUCAUUGCGAAAUAAGUGAUUGCGAGAAUGUUGGUCUGAUCAUCACUGACCGGGCACAAGGUCAUUAUGAAGACAAUGAGAUCAGCCGCAAUGCCCUGGCUGGAAUAUGGGUCAAGAACUAUGCAAACCCUAUAAUGCGGCGCAACCACAUCCACCAUGGGAAAGAUGUGGGAAUAUUCUGUUUUGAUGGAGGACUGGGCUACUUUGAGGCAAAUGACAUUCAUAAUAAUCGUAUUGCUGGCUUUGAGGUGAAGGCUCAAGCUAACCCAACUGUUGUUCGAUGUGAAAUACAUAAUGGCCAAACUGGAGGAAUAUAUGUACAUGAGCAUGGAAUGGGUCAGUUCAUAGAAAAUAAAAUUCACUCUAACAAGUACGCUGGAGUGUGGAUAACCUCAAACAGCAAUCCAACUAUUAGACGAAAUGAAAUAUAUAAUGGUCUUCAAGGUGGCGUUUAUAUAUUUGGAGAUGGCAGAGGACUCAUAGAGCACAACAAUAUAUAUGGUAAUGCAUUAGCUGGUAUUCAGAUCCGCACCAACAGUGAUCCCAUAGUACGGCACAAUAAGAUUCAUGAUGGUCAGCACGGAGGUAUAUAUGUUCAUGAAAAGGGUCAAGGCCUCAUAGAAUGUAACGAAGUUUAUGCCAACACACUUGCUGGAGUCUGGAUUACCACAGGGAGCACGCCAACUUUAAGAAGGAAUCGUAUUCAUUCUGGGAAGCAGGUGGGAGUUUAUUUUUAUGAUAAUGGCCAUGGCUUACUAGAAGAUAAUGAUAUCUUCAACCAUUUAUACUCAGGUGUACAAAUUAGGACUGGGAGCAAUCCAAACAUCCGUCGAAAUAAGAUAUGGGGAGGACAGAAUGGCGGAGUUUUAGUUUAUAAUGGGGGUUUGGGGCUUCUUGAACAAAAUGAGAUAUUUGACAAUGCUAUGGCUGGUGUGUGGAUCAAGACUGACAGUAAUCCCAUUCUACGACGAAACAAAAUAUAUGAUGGAAGAGAAGCUGGCAUUUGUAUAUUUAAUGGUGGGAAAGGUGUGCUAGAAGAGAAUGAUAUAUUUCGUAAUGCACAGGCAGGUGUUCUAAUAUCCACCCAGAGUCAUCCAACUCAAAGCCACCCUAGUUUAAAAAGGAACCAGAUAUAUGACGGGUUGGCAGCAGGCAUCGAAAUAACAAAUAAUGCCACAGCCACCUUAGAGUACAACCAAAUAUUUAAUAAUCGUUUUGGUGGUCUUUGUUUAGCAUCAGGAGUGAAUCCUUCCCAAAGAGGCAAUAAAAUUUUUAAUAACCAUGAUGCAGUAGAGAAAGCUGUAUCAAGCGGACAGUGCCUAUACAAGAUAUCGUCAUAUACCAGCUUCCCCAUGCACGACUUCUACCGGUGCCGCACGUGUAAUACCACUGAGCGAAAUGCUAUAUGUGUAAACUGCAUUAAAACAUGUCAUAGUGGCCAUGUAGUUGAGUUCAUCCGUCAUGACAGGUUUUUCUGUGACUGUGGUGCCGGGACAUUAAACAACCAGUGCCAGUUACAGGGAGAGCCAACACAAGAUACCGAUACCCUGUAUGACUCGGCUGCUCCCAUCGAGUCUCAGUCACUCAUGGCGGAAGUCUAACUACCGCCCAAAACCACCUUAGCUAUGUCAAAAGUUUCUACAUAGACUCCACCUCAAAUACCCACCAGCCUUCUGAUCUAUAACCAGUAUUUAGACAAGCAGGAUUAGUGUCAGUGUGCACUGUACUUGUUGCCAAACUGGAAGUAUUGGCAGUUUAAGAUUAAUUGAAAUAAACACACCCACCUUUUGUACUGUGAUUUGUCCACAUCAAUCCAUAGCCUUAUAAUGGAGUAUAUUUCUAUUUACAAUGAAUUAUCCGUGGACUUCAAAAGUGAUGAUGUGGGCACCUGUACAAUUCCUGGAAAGUAGACCAAAGUGGCUUCUUAUCAAAAGUGUGUGAAGUGAAAUAGAGGGUGGUCUUGAAAAACCCUGUGGAAAUGAAAAAUAUAAUGUGGCCUGAUUUAAUCCUGCUCCAUCUUUACAAUUAUCCUCAUUUUUUAUAUAAACGUGAUGUGUAUCACAUCAAUUUUAUGGUAUGGCAACACCAGAUGGUUGUCUAAACAUUUCCUGCACAAGAUGAAAAUGAUUUUGUAGGUCAGUAUUGUUAAUAUACAUUGCACAGGAAAACCACUGUGGAUAAAUGCUUGUUUUCAUUGUUAGUACACACUUGCUAUAGAGAACCAGAAAUUGGCACAAAACGAUAAACACUGAAGCACAAGAAUGGUGGUUCUCGAACUACAAGACUGUGCAUGUUUACGUUAGUACCAGUGAUGUACAUAGAUGCUGUUUGGGAUGUGUGAGGGCUUUGUACAUAUGUGUUGAAUGCAGGAGAACUGGCCUAAAUACAGGUAGUGUGGGUCAUUUUGCAGUGUUAUGAUUGAGUACAGUUCGUAAUUAGGAUUUAAGCUGUUAAGAUUUUUAUAUAUUACAAUAAUGAUUGACAAAAACCAAUAUGCAGUAAUUGUAGUUGUUUCUGAUCACUUCCUGUGUUCUGUUUUGAAGAUCUGUUGUAUUUUUUUGCAUGUGAAGUUUAGUUGCAUUUUAUAAUGUAUUUGUGACAUAUGAAGAUAUUUGUUGUCUCAAUUUUGUUAAGAUUUUAUACUGAAUUGGAACACUACAGAUAACUGUGAUUAAAACCAAAAUAAACCUAAUGUUACUGCUUACACCCUGGGAGGGGCCUAGAAAAUACACCUGUGGCUUCAUCUCCCAUUGCAGUAAAAUGACAUACUUUCAAAAUGUAGUAUUGGUAUGAUAUUUCUGCAGCUUUGUGAGGAUGAAUUUAGAUAGUGCCUUUAUUUUUUCAUUCUUAGGUAGCAUGUCCAACCACAGUGUCUGAAUCUAAUGAGUUUCCUUUAUUCUCUGCAGCACAUGGCCACCAACUUUUCUUUCCAUAUUCAAUAUGAAGAAUAAGUUCCUCUGCUCAUGUUGAAUCUGUAUCUUUCAUCACGCUAUAGUUUUUCUUUCUACAUUCCUCUGCUACUUUACUCAUGCAGUGACCGAAAGUGUAUACUUUAUUCUUGUCUUUUUCUUUAAUAUAACCACGACACUGUGUUCUUUGUGACUCGGCCUAAUUGUCUCCAUCCCAAGAAUCCAGGGAUGUAUAAGUUGACACAACUUUAAGUGCGUUCCUUGUAACACUAUAUCCAUGUGUCCGUUCUGUGGUCCUUGUUAUACAACCUCAAUAUUCCCCUUUUUUUUGUGGCUCCUGUGAUAUGGAGUUAAACAUCAAAAUGGCCUUUGUUGUUUUUUUCUGUGACAACCUCGUGUUCCGUGUGACGGCCUCGGUAUGAUAUUUUCAUAGGUCUCGUAAUAAAUAUUUCCAUCCCAGACUCUGUUUUCCCCUGUCACUUCCUUUCCCUUAGCCCCUGUGACACAUACCUCAGUAACCCCUUCCCAUUGUACCUGUCACACAGCUGUAAAAAAAAUCCCCUCCCGCAUUUUGUAUGGAAUCUUCCUAUAUAGAAAUAGCGAUGUUACUGUUGCUCAAUGUGCCAUAUAUGUGUUUAAUUUUUGUUUUCAUAUAAUUGAGUUCAAAAUGGUAUAUGUAUAUGUGCCAGCAAGAUGAAAGAAUGAUUUGAAAGAGAUGCAAUCAGCCGACUAUUAAUCAUAAAAAGCCCAGAGAAGAUACUCAUGUUAAGUGUGUGUUUGGUUAGAGUAUGCUUGAAUGACAAACAAUGACGUAAUAUAUUUUGAUUGCCCUUGCUUUAUAAGAAAGGCAUUCUACUAGCAGACACAUGCUAAUAUUUUUAAUUCUGAGAGAUGUAGUGCACAAAAAAGAAUCUGUAAUGCUUUAUCACAUUGAAGUGUUACCUUAGUGUUCAAGUGUGCUUCCAUAAUUAUUGUAAUUAGGCUCCCCCCUUCCUUUAAACUAAAAUGAAAAGUAUUAGCAGCAUUUUGUGUGCAUUAAAGACAUAACGUCAAAAGAAUUAGGGUGGGGGGCCCAUACCUAAUAAUGCCACUAAACCUAUAGAGAGAUUGGAGGCAGACAGUUGUAACUUCUUUUUCUCACUCUUUCCUCUCUUCCUCACCUUUAGACAGACUGUAUGCUGGUAUGUGUUUGCUUAUGCAAUAGUUUUCUUAUGCCAGAACAAAGAUUUGUAUUCGUUUUAGGAUGCACAUCUUCUAAUCCAUGUGUACUUAGAGAGUGCAGUUGUAGGACUGGUAUUACUGUGACAGGUAAAGAUACGAGCCAGAGAGUACGAGUAGUUUUAUAUCGGUUGAAUCGAGAAAAAUAUCCCAUCCAUAUUAUUUUAAAUUUUCUAUAUUUUUAUGGGAACUUUUUUGGUAAUCGAUGCUCUAAAAUGUUAUUAGAUAAAGGGGGUAAAAGUUAUAUACAGCACUGUAUAUGGUACUGUUAUAUAAAAUGUAGCACUGAAAAUUUUCUAUUUUGAAAGUUGGUAAUCAAAACGUAAGUGUACUGCUAGUUUCGUAUAUUUACUUGACACAAAUGUGUGUAUCCUUCUUAAUAUGCCUUUGAGUGAACCAUGUAUAAUUGCCAGUGGCUAGGUAUAAUGGAACUGGUAUUUUAUCAUCAUUCAGAAAAAACACAAAGAAAAUAGUUUCUAUUUUCCUGGGCAUAUAGUGUGAGGGUUGGGAAGAUAAAUGCUGUUUGAUACAUCUUAGAGCUCAAAUAAUGGUCAGUUGUGACUUAUGUAAGAUCAAUAUUAUUGCCAAACUUUGCAUUGUACGCAUAUAGAGGUAAAAUAAUGUAUAGAAUCUACAAAUGCAAUUCAUGGAUUGAUACAUAGGUCACAACCGAAGGUAAAGUUGGGCUGCAAGAUGGAGAUACAUGUACCCAGGUCUUGUACCUCAGGCUGGAAUUUUGUAAGACUCCUUGAGUAAAAUAGUAUAUAGCCAAUUGGAAAACAGCGUGUUUUUUACACUUUGAUAGUGAUGCAAAGAAGUAUAUAUUAUAUAUAUGAUUUCACAAGUUUUAAACACUCGAAGUGCAGUUUAUAAGUAGUGAAUUAGAUUUUGUGCUGUUCUAUCUCGGCAUCACAUCCCACUUUGACCUGUAGAACCUUGAAGUGAAAUAUUCAACAUAGGGAUAAUAUUGUAGGUAUAUAUCACCAGAAUUAUAUAUCUGGCAAAGAAAUAGCUUUUAGACAAUGUGAAAUACAUCAACACACUGGAACUACUUACUACUGUGAUCAUGUAUGCCCAAUUUAGUAAAGAAAACUUAUUUUAUAGUCAGUGACAAGAUGAAAAUUAGGUAAUCCUCUAAGCAUUGCCAUCAUUUUCCAUGUAGACAUGGAGUGGUUUUUGUAUUACCCAGGUCUCAUAUUCCACAUAUCGAUGUAGCAUAGAUAUUUGCUCCAAGGUCAAAAUGCAGGUCAAAAUACCUCCUCUCUAGGACUCUGUGAGGCCUUGUAUAAUGGAAGUACUGCAGAGGUCCUCAGAAGGUAAUGGGGUAAUGAAAGGGACGUGGGUGGUGCACCUUCUCCAGUGUGUAGAGCAGAGGCUCGUGUGUCAUGUGCACUGUAUAAACGGCCUAGAAUUGUAUAUACAAAUAAAAUCCUAAACUCUGAAA